AUGUAUGUGGCCGCGUCUCACAAGCAUUGGACUAAGGUUAUCUGCGACCCAGCACGCCUGGCAGACGCUUGUCUUCUGCCACAGUCGCGCGGCUACGUCAAGCGCUUGCUGUUGGCCCUUGCGCCCGAGUACCAGCGCCUGGCCUUGGAACGUGUUCCCGAGGAAUUCCGCAGGUACUUCGAGACGGAGCUUGCCAAGCCACGGAUCUGCGUUGGCAUGGACGGCGAGCGCUGCACGUUUGCAUUGAGCGCACGUGGAGGCCCCGCGCAGGUCAAGGGCCGCGCGGCUCGCUGCGUGUUCUGCCGGCCUGAAGACCUGUGGCCAAUGUGUGAGGAUGAAGCCGGCAAGCGGGAGGUGUUGGGCAAGCUUCGUCGCAUGUCAGCGGCCGGCCGCAGCCGUGCACUGGAAGAGCGCCUGCCCCUGGAAGCGCAAGCUUACUUCCAAGAGCAUCUGCAGGGCCCUGCACCGAAGCGCGCAGCUGGGCGGGGCCGACGCCCGCCCACCGUGCAGGAGCUGCCAGCGUUGUGGAAAGGUGCUCUGGCAGCUCGCCAGGCGGCCUCGGCACCUGCUUCGGCUGCAGCCAAGAAGAAGUAUCGGGAGCAAGUGCUGGCGGACCGGGCCCGUGCGCGGCGCCGCAUGGGCCAGCCCCUCAAGCGGACUCCGGCGGGCGAGGCUGUGGAGAACACCUCGGGACUGCCGCCGGCGAAGCGCCGCUGUUUGGCCGAGGAUUUCGAGCGCUGGUGCGUCUAUGACUCCUGGAGCAUGUGCGACACUUGCGGCUUCCUGACACCGCGCGACCUGACACAGAGCACGCUGACCAAGCCGCAGAAGCCGACACAUGCCUCCGGCAAGUGUCCCAGGUGCAGCGCUGCACGCGUGCAGCCGAGCGUGACCGUGGCAGAUGUGCCUGAGGUGUUGAGGGAGCUCUCUGCCGAAGCCGCUCGUGCGCUGUCGCCUUUGGAGAUCGACGUCGGCCCCAUCGUCCGUGCCGAGCACAAGUCUGGUUACCGGCAGAAGGUCACCAUGAUCCGCUUCCGCUGGGAGACGGCUGGCAUCAAGAGGCGCAUCAAGCUCUUACAGGAUCCGGACAUGCGGAGAAAGGCCCGCGCCGCCUACGACUUCCUGAUGGCCUCGGACGACACGCCCUACUCCGACUUCGUGGCUGAGCACGACAAGUUUCUGCAAGAGCAUCCUGGAGCAGAUGACCUCGCUCGCCGUCGUCGCCUGCAGUUCAUCGAACGCAUUGGGGUCGAAUGCGCUUUGUGGCCACGCUUGUUCUGGGACAUCAAGAUGACCUUCACCCACGAGCGUGCCACAGACCCGCGGAGGGUGAUUCGUCAGGAACACGCGGCCACCUUGGAGGACGUGCUGAACGCUGAUCAAAGCGACGAGGAGACGGAGGACGGCCAGGACAAUGAGAUGUUCAGCGAGGGGGAGGAGCCCAAAGACGACGGUGCCACGCGGCACAGCAUCAAGAGGCUCUUCGCUGCUCUGGCGCUGGGCAAGCUCUUGGGCUACGCGGCCGACUUCGAGCUGCUCCAGUUCGCCUACGAUCUGAACCUCUGGAGCAGCAUCGGCUCCAAGAAGAACUUGCAGCUGGCGGUGCCCAUGCGCUUGAUGCUCAAGGGCGAGGCCUUCAGCCCUCACUACUGGCGCGGCGUACAUUAUGCCUUGCUGGAUAUGGUGCGGCAGGUCGGCUAUCCGAGGAUCUUCUUCACCAUUGCCCCCUACGAGUGGAGCUUCCCCUACCACGAGUGGGUGCGCGACGAGAUGCAGAAGAUGCUCAAGGAGCGGCUCUUCCUGCCAGCGGCGGAGACACUGCACAUGGUUCACGUCAUGGUCCAAGCAGUGAAGGGCUUGCUCCUUGGCCGCACAGGGGGACAGGGUCGGCAGCAAGCGUGGCAAAGCAACCUUUUCCACGUUGUUGAUGAACACGGUCAGGCCCGCCGUUUGCACUUCUUCUUGCGGCUUGAGUAUCAGGACGGGACCCGUAAGGCGGCCACUCAGGACUACCACGGAUCAGGCAGGGUCCAUGUCCACGUCGUCAUCUUCGUGCGGCCAGAGGACGUCGAGCAGCUGCGGCUGGACGAGGUCGCGUCUGCCACGCUGCCCGAGGACACGGACCUUCGCGGCUACGUGGAAGGCAGCCAGUACGAUCGGGACAAGAAGAGCGGUUGGCCGGUCCACGAGGAGGCGACUUGCUAUGACCGUGAAGCAGGCGCAUGGCGCUUGCAGCACACGGAGGAGGACCACGGCGACGUAUCUCGUUGA